CAGGUCCCUUCGGCAGAGAGAUUCAACUUCAUAUUUAUGUAAUAUGUAAUCAGACAUCUAUCUUAUAUGGUCUACUCGCCCAAGACUUGCGUAUCCAUAUUAGCGCUAUGUGUCCAUGCCCUGAUUGUCGAACCCUUUGUUUCCUCAAGACCUCAUGCCCUUUGCAGUUCCAUACAAACCGUACAGUUUACAUGUAGUUUAACAAUCAUGGUUUUGGUCUUCCUUCCUAUUGACCCCGAGCCCCGAUGUUCAAUGUUUCCCCUUGUUUCCCCGUUCCAAGCGUAUAGUAUUACCUUUCAAAUUCAUUUGGCCGUUUUCCGUUCUCUGCCACCGUGUAAUCUAGACGACUUUUGUUUCGUCCUCCUUUCCUAGUGAGCCAGAUGUCCCUUAUUCCCCUUACUUUUCCUAUUCCAAACGUCUGUUCUCCCCUUUCGCCGUCUCAUUUCAGACCUUUUUUUGCAUUCUGCUUUCGUU